AUGGCUGAAUUCUUUGGAGUUGCCGCUGGAGUGGCUGGUUUUGUGUCCCUCAUGGUACAGAUUGGUGAGGGCGUCAGCAAAUUGCGAGCUAUCCACGACAAUGCGGGCAAGGCUGCGACCGAUAUCAGCACCCUUAUCCGAGAACUGGAUCUCUUGACACAUAGUGUCAAUGUCAGGAUCACGACGACAACACAUCGGUUCUGGGCUCUAGAGUAUACUCCUUGGGGCGCUUUGCAGCAGAGCUGCGACCUGGAGACCUGCAACACGACAAGAUACGGAGCUUCAGUGAGGCUUGCGUUCUCGCAGUUUGGCAUUAGAUGGGCAGCAGUGCUUGAGGUCUAUGCUAUCACAUCCGCAGGCAGGUUCUCACUUCGUCCGAAUCUCGAAAUGGAGCAAAUAGUGCCGUACACGUCUCCAGGUUUCGAGAUUAUAUGGAGGUGCCAGACGUACAGCAUUGGAUUCGAAGAGGCUAGCGAAAGCCUGAGACAGCUCUACAGAGCAGACCCGCAAGGUUUCAGCCGCCACGUGAAUCCAGGUGGGAAGUCCUAUAUCGAGUGGAUUGGCGAAGGCCCCCACUUGUACUUGCUGGAACUCCUUCUCGAUUUGGGUUACGAUGUCUCCGGAGUUGUUGGGGAUUUUCAAGACUGGCCAGCGCUGUCAUCGCCGAACUGGAUCUCAGAAGCAAUUACCCCAGACCCUUUCUUCAUCGAAUAUUUCAAGAUAGUGUGCACACACAACCAAGGAUUCGCUGGAAUGACACCACUCCACGAGGCUAUACUGAUCGAGUCGACACAAACAGUAGCCAGAUGGAUAUCUAAGUCUAAGAAAGACGAAAAGAACAGCCUCGGGCAGACACCCCUUCACCUGGCUGUUUCGGACCCUCAACGAUUGAAAGCACUCAUUGACUCGGGACAUGAUGUUAACAUGACUGACAUCCAUGGCAUCACACCCCUGAUGUACGCUGCUGCCGUAAACCAGGAUGAAUCCGUCACCCUUUUGAUUGAAGCUGGGGCCUGCAUCAACGCAGGUGAUAAAAAGUAUGGGCGUACUUUUCUACACUACGCCGCCGUGCGUGGACAUUGGAAGUUGAUCCUCAGGUUCCUAGUUCGCCUGGAAGGCUUUGCCGACAAUUGGAUUGUGGAGGGCUGGGCCGAAAGCGCUGUCUUGUUGUAUCACGUCGAAUAUCCCAACCUUGGCAAUCUUGAAAUGCGCGAGGUUUUUCUCGGGCAGCUCUUGAUGAAGUGUCGUACAGCCAACUUGACCUUUGAUGAUGUGACUUCUGGCAUUAAAGACAAUUGUCUGCUACAUUACAACACCGGAAUCACUGACUUCGAGGCUUUGAUGGAGCAAGGGUACAGGCUAUUCAACCAUAUGAAUAGCAAAGGCCAAACCCCUCUGAUGGUAGCCGCCGAAUUGGGCGAACCUGAUCUGGUCAGAAAGCUUGUUGAAGUCGGAGCUGACGUCAAUCUCAAAGACUUUCAUCAUAGAACAGCUCUACACUUCGCUCUUGGUAGAAUGGAGAAGAGCCGAGGCUACGGCUUCUGGAUUGCUAUGGAGACUUUGCGGAUACUGCUGGCCGGAGGCGCGAAUGUCUUCACUAUAGAUGGCUGCAGAUGCCCCUGUUCAUCCUUUGGCCGUCUCUCGGUUGUUGACUUGCUGAAUUCUUCCAGACAUUGGUGGCAAGGGAUAUGGGAGAAGCCUCCAAUCGCGGCGAUGGAGCUUCUGUGCCUCACAGUGGAAUAUAGAGGAGCACAAGAAGGAAAAGACUUGCUGCUUUCUUUCAUUCGGUGGGAGAAGCAUGAGAAGCUUGGAAUGUCCCAUCUUUGCUUCCAGCGUCAUUCAGCGGAUGGCCUCUAUGGCUUUGUUGCUUCAUCUCGUCCACUCUGCCUGCAGGCUGAAGAAGUCGACGACAUACUCGACGAAGAGUCAGAGUUUCUUGCCAUUUUGGAAACUGAGAUGGAAGAAUCAAGUGCCAAGAACUUUGAGCACCUACUUAAGGACUGGCUCAAGCAGAUGAAGAGCAGACUUGAUAAAGAGGUUGAGGAAAAAAGCAGAUCAGAUGCGAAAUGUGUGAAAGGGCAGGCGGAAGUCAAGCAUGGCUACCAGGUGGAUUAUAAACGCGAUUGCUUCUACCACAACUUGGUCGUAGACGUAGACUGGCCAGAUCCUACACGAGCAAUCAGAUCUUCUCUGGCUAUGUACAUCGCUUGGAUCGAGCAUGAAUACGAUCAUGGGGCCACUGCACGCUUGGCUGGACCAUUCCACAAGGACUGGUACUCUACUAGGACCUCAAUGGUUCACAAGUUUAUCGAAGUCUUCUGCAUACCGACAGCAGAGAUUGCACACGCUUUGAAGCGCUCGGAUGCGACUAUCGAGGAAGAACGCUUACACUUCUCGCUCAGGAUCAUGUGCGUCCCUCAACUAUCGCCACUCCGCUGUGGCUUAAAUAAAAUACCCUACAUCGGCCAGUCGUCCAGCGUUCAACCCUCCCUCGGUCCUACCCCAGCAGUCAUUAAUAAUCUGAGCGAAUUUUACGAUGGCGAGUUGGUUGGAAGUCAGAACGCGAGCGGCGGCACCAUCGCCAGCCGGCCCAGAAAGUCGCCUGCAUCCGGAAAGGCCGAUGCGGUCCUAUCGCCAGUGAUCUGCAAGUUCUUUGCAAAGGGCUUCUGCUCCAGAGGCGAUGAAUGCGCCUUCCCUCACAUCUAUCAAACCGUGCCGUCUGGCCCAUCUCACGAGUCUGCGCUGAGAGGCGUGGAGCCCACUGGAUCAGUAGCGGAAGACUCCCGCUCCAAGAUCCCCUGCGUCUUCUUUGCAAAGGGAAAUUGUAGAAGUGGCGUCAAGUGCGCAUUUUCUCACGAUAAUGUCCCAAGAGAAGCAGCAUCAGCAGCAAGUGAAGUUGCGCUGCCCGAACCGCAAGAGAAGUGCACACGUGAGCUACUAGGUGCCUGGGUAAACUUUGGCCCAGGCGCAUCUGUCGAGAAGCUAUCGCUCUUCUCCGACUUUUCUUCCGCCAGCAUUCUCAACCUACCCGCUCAAAGCGAUGUUGCAGCAGUAUCACGACUCCUGAGUCGAUCGGGGUUCGACAUUCCAAGUCUCGCCAUUCGCGCAAGACCUCAAGGCAUAGGGGGCUUGAUGUGUGCUAUCAUCCGGGCAGAAGACCCUGACUUUGCACAAUCACUCUACGAAAGGUUCAAGAAUCCUAAGAUCGAAGAAAUAUCCGGAAUACCAGGAUUGAAGGUCGAAGUGCACAAGCCUCUCAACCUUUAUACAAACAAGGGGUUCACCCACAGGAGGAGCAACUUGGGAAUGCCAUAUUCAGCCAAUUCGUCACCGAAGUUGAGACUAUACGUUCCACCACAAGCUACGAAGGACGACAUUCUCAGCAUGAUUCCUCAGAGACAGCGACCCACAAGUGUAAAACUUGAGGGACUGCAGGACCUGGACAAUACCAAGAGUGAGGUCGACUUGGUUGAAGCUCUACUCGUGGGCAUUGGACCAUUGGAGACGAGACUCAAGGCGGAUGCAGACACCGUUGGCAAACGAGUCAAGGCGAUGGCUCGUUUCUCGGACGAGGCAGACGCUAUGACUGCGGUUAGGUUGCUUAACUCUAAGCCCUUGCCAUUCAACAAGGACGACAGACUCAGCAUCAGUAGAGUUCAUUCUGCAACCUACAAGAUCGCGGAUCAUAUCUUCAGCGCGGUUCUUCUAGACUCCGAGAAAGCUGCUCAGACUUUCCGCUCGAUAAGAGUCAACUUCAAAAGAUUUCCACCGGCAAAUGGCUACGUCACACUGAGACUCGAGAGUGAAAGGGGAGUUGAUCUCGCGGCAGCUGAGACUCACACAGACAAGCUACUCGAAGGACGCUUAGUAUACGAUGCUGGAGGUAAGAAGCCCCUCUGGAGUCCAUCUUUCAAUAAUAAAUCACUGGCGAAUCGACGGCUUCGACCCAUCGAGGGACAGCAUAAAGUGGCGUUUCAGUGCGCUCCGUCCAAAGCCGAGAUCCACGUCUUCGGCUCACCCGAAGCCUCGCAGAGAGCUUGCGAUGCAUUGCUACAGGCUUUCAGCGACAACCCUUCCACAAUCCACUAUGUACCGUUGACCUCUGAGAGUCUGCACUUGGCCAUCAGGGGAGGAUUCAAGGCUAUCUGCGAAAUCCUGGGUGAGGAAGCUGUAUCCCUCAACAUUCUUGAGACACCCAAAAGGUUGGAGAUCAUCGGUCCGCGAGCUUCUUUUGACACGGCUAUGGAUAUCUUGGCCAAAGGACGUUUACCUCAGGAGCAUGAGACAACCGCAGUAGCAGAGGAAUGCUGUCCGGUUUGUUGGACAACGGCUGAGACCCCACUGAAAGUCAAAUGUGGACAUGUGUACUGCCGUGACUGUUUCGAAAACUUCUGCCAAUCGACCGUUGGUAACGGAGAAUCGGGCAUCCGCUGUCUGGCCGACGAGGGCGCUUGUAAUGCCUUGUUCUCACUCCAGGAGCUUCAAGACUCCCUGUCAUCGGUCACCUUCGAAGAGCUUCUUGCUUCCGCGACCGACAUUGCAAGGACCGCCAAAAGUCUUCAGCUGCCGAGGGUGCUCAAAGACCAUUUGCGCAUCAUGUAA